AUGGUUCUAUUUCAAAGUUUCAUUAAUAAGAAUGUGAGAGAAGACAAAAUAGUGAUUGGUUUAACAUGGUUGUGUGAGCUGCUUUACAGACAUUUUAAUGAAAAGACUUUGGUUUUAAUUGACGAUUACGAUGCUCUUGUGAAAAGCUUUUUGUUCAAGGGAAAUAAAGACAUGACAAAAAUUACUAAACUGUUAGGAGAAUCAGAGCAACAUUUACUCAAAUUUAACAACAGUUUCGGAACUGUACUCACUGGUGAACUAAGAUUGUAUAGAGGAGAAAAUGUGUCUUGUUUUGUAAACCUGAGGGACCGGCUUAGCGAGUUUUAUGGAAUAGCUGAGAAAGAAUUAGAACAUCUUCUAAAAGGCAAUAAUUCAAAAGAAAAGAUUAAGUUAAACAAUUUUACUGACCUUUUCUUUGGAGGCUACAUAUACAAUGCUGAAAAUAAAAAAGUGAAAAUAUACAGAACUGAGUCAGUUAUACAGUAUCUGUUGACAGAGUCGUUAAACGUAAGCAGGAUGAUGAGGCCUGAGUAUCUAAAUGGAUUGCAGAAACUAAGUCGAGUUAAAGGACUCGUCGAGUGGCUGCAGAUUUUACUUUCUGGGAAAAAAGUUCUUCAUACUCACGUAGAGCUUUCCCAGCCUAUUUUUCACAAAGAUAAUAUUCUAACACUAAGGAUGGUAAUGAACCAUGGGAAAACUGAAAAGACAACAAUAACGUCAGUUCUUUUCCUAACUCUUCUAUACUACUUCGGAUACUUAACGCCAGUUGAUGAAAAACUACGUUGGUUUAAAAUUCCUAACAAAUCUGCACGGGAUGAAUUAAAAACAAUUUUAGAUGGAUGUUCAGAUGCGUUGUAUGAUGUACAAAAAAUUGUUGAAGUAGAAAAUACGAGGGUAGCUAACUAUACUAAAUCCACUGUCAAUCUCGCUGGAUCAGAGAGUAAACCAACGUAUUUUAUGGGUAAUUUCCUCAACGUUUUGAAGUCAAAAUGCAUAGGGGAGAAGAUAAAUAUCAGCAGUACCAAUGAAAUUAAACGGAAAAUUGCAAAAUGGUUCAUGGAGGAACACUUACCUUUCUGA